AUGCUGACAUCACUGGCGGAGAAUGGAGUCAAGCAGUGCUACCACUACUGGCCAGAUGAAGGCUCUAACCUCUACCAUAUCUACGAGGUAAAUCUUGUCUCCGAGCAUAUCUGGUGUGAGGAUUUUCUUGUCAGAAGCUUCUAUCUGAAAAAUCUACAGACUAACGAAACCCGCACUGUCACCCAGUUUAAUUUCCUCAACUGGAAUGACCAUGGCGUUCCGGCUUCAACCCGCUCGCUGUUAGACUUCCGCAGGUACUCAUUUUAA